CAAGCGUCUCACUAAGAAUUUGGACAGAGAUGAUGAAGACAUGGCUCUUCCAGCAUCCGCGGCUCAAGGCAGCACGAGGCUGUCUGAUUGGCCGCAAGAGUCUCCCCCAGUCUGCCCACUGUGCCGCACAUUUAUCGCACAUGACAGUUGCGGCAGCAUCACCAUCAUCACUCCUCCAUAUCCUGUUUACCUCAACUCUCAAGUUUCUAUCACUCCUUGUACGCGCAAACAGUGUCGAAGCCCUCACCAUUCCAGUCGCGAAGAUAUCACCAAAAGCCGAUCGAAAAGAAACCAAAGAUGACCUCUUGAGUCGCGCAGUCGAAUCCAACCCCGAAUCCCCUCCCCUCCGUCCGUUGAACGCGCCUUUAAACAAGCCGUGAUCCCUUCGAGGUCACAGCGAGGCGCAGAUCAGCGGCAACGGAGACGACCUCGCCACUUAGUACCACAUGAGCCAAAAUCUCUGGCGCUCUCUUCUCGAAGAUGAUGUCGAUACAUUUCGACAGUACCUGGCGAACGCCACCUUUGCGUCCGGUGCUUCGAAGGCCUUUACGCAAGGAGGACAUGCCGGAUUAAGAGUUGGCAGUCCCAGUUCUCUGGCAGUAUCGCCUAAGACACCCUUGAAAACGCGAAAGAGCUCGGCAAAUACUCCUACAAGCGCAAGCGUGGGCAGGAAUGCUGGCCUCGUCCUCACACGAGCCGAUCUGAAUUCGAAAGACAGCUUUGGUAGGACGUUACUGCACCACGCUGCCUCGUCCCGGUCGGAAGAUGCGCUAGGCUUCGUGAAGGCACUGUUGGACUUGCCAUUCAUCGAUCUGUAUGCCCAGGACGCGGAGUCCGGGUGGACCGCCCUCCAUCGGGCAUUGUAUUCUGGCAAUAUUUCAGUGGCGCAUGCGCUUAUGGCUCGUGAUAUCCAGUAUGCGACGGACUACACAACGAAUACCCAACAUGCUCAUGCUGGCGGUCUAGUCAAGAUCAAGGAUCAUGAGGGCAACAGUCCAUUCGAGGUCUUUGGCUUGACAAUUGCGCCUCGCUCUCUUCAAGAUGAGAAUUCCUCGGCCCUUCCAUCCGGACUCGAAGAUGCCGGCAGUGUCGACAGCAUGGACUACCAUGAAGCCCACGAUCCCGGGUCGAGGCGUCAUGUUUAUCCCCGUGUCGAUCUCGAAGGAGAUGAAGUGUACGCUUUUGGUAGCAAUAAGAAUCUCUCCUUAGGUGUGGGGGAUGGAGACGACCGGCAAUUUCCUGAACGGCUGCAAUUCUCAAGGCCUGACCACCUACUCCAUCGCUUGCUUGACGAUCACCUGGCAGCCAGGCAGCGUUCCUCAUUCAAUGAUGAUCUGGCAAGCAGCAGAGGGUAUCUUCCAUCUCAAAAUGACUUGCCGGCUGUCAUACGCUUCAAGCCCAUCACGAUCCAGAAUGUGGUUAUGUCAAAGCUCCAUACUGCUGUGCUGACCAGCGAUCCCGUCUCAAACUUGUACAUGUGCGGGUUUGGGGCUGGAGGUCGUCUUGGUACCGGCGACGAAAACACGUCCUUCUCCUACAAGUGCAUCCAGGCGGGUGGGCUGGCGAAGAGACGCAUCUCGGCCAUAGCACUUGGUCAAGACCAUACCGUGGCUGUCUGCUCCCAGGGCGAGACAUACACCUGGGGAAGUAAUCGCUACGGCCAAUUGGGGUAUUCUCUACCUGAGGUACCCAAAAAUGAGGUCCCUACACAGCUGACACCACGUCAACUGUACGGCUACAUCAAGAAGGAACUUGUUGUUGGUGCUGCAGCAUCUGCAAUCCAUUCAGCACUGUUCACACCCACUGCUCUGUAUACCUUCGGCAAAAACGAAGGCCAACUUGGUCUCAUGGAUGCGGACGCCAGGUCGCUUGAGAUACAAGAGCUUCCCCGUCGGGUCGGCGUCUCCAUAUUGCAGUACCCGAUUGCAUCAGUCAGCGCGAUAGAUCGUGCUACGAUUGUCUUGCUCGUCAAUCACGAUGUUAUUGUUUUCACACAUUACGGCUGGACCAGGAUUCUCUUCCCACUCGAAACCUUCAGCAAUUACUAUCUGCCCGACAGUACUAUCACGAGAUAUAAUAUGGAAACUAAUUACAUCACGCAGGUAACAAGUGGUGGCAGUACGAUUUGCGCCAUGUCUUCCUUUGGAGAAGUCUACGCCAUUGAUGUUCCGAAGGUGCCAGAGAACGUUCCCUCGAACGCAUCAACAACGAAUCCUACAAAGGCUCGCAAUGCCUUGGCACCACCCACCCGCCUAUGGUCCAUACGCAAAGCCCACAUGUCGGCUAUCGACGUGGCCGUUGGCCAGGAUGGAUCUAUCGUUCUGUGCACGGCUUCAGGAUCAGUCUGGCGGAAAGAGAAACGUGCGAAUAUAAAAUCUGUUCGAGAGAAGCAUGUCGGGCCAGCUCGAGCCAAGGAUUACAAAUUUGUCCGCGUUCCGAACCUGACUCGAGCAAUCGCUGUGCGGAGCAACGCCUUUGGAGCCUUCACCGCUAUACGGAAAGACUGCACAGUAACACGCAAUCAGAUCGACCCAGACCCUCCCUCCCUCUGGAAAGAUGUCUUUCCCUUACUGCCUUUCGCCCAGUAUGGAGGUCCUGAGGACCAAGGUGGGAUAGGAACGCAUCCAGCAGAUAUCUGCUCAGCCUUAAUCACUCAAGCCGAUGCUGAACAAGACAUACAUAACAUCUGCAAGCGCUAUGAACCGCUUUCGGAAAGUCAGUUUGACCUUUGGAUUACAUCCAACCUGACAGAUGUUCGCAUUCCCAUUCAUGCGUUCAUGCUCAAGUCGAGAAGCCGCAUCAUGCGGAGUGCUUUGACAGAAUUCCAAGAGAGCUAUUACUUUUCUAUUCCUGAUGUCAUGUCGAUUGAAUAUGGAGCGGAUGGUCAGAUUCAGCUCACCUUUCAAGGCGCCGACUUCUUGACCAUUAUGAACCUGGUUCUGUACCUCUAUACAGAAAGCUUGGCAGAUGUCUGGCAUUACACCUCGAGAGCAUUACAGUCUGCCGCCCGGUAUCGAUCAGUUCGAAACGAACUCUUGAAGAUUGCCACCCAUCUGGAGCUUCGACAGCUAGAACGCGCCGUGCGAAUCAUGACCGACCCUAUUCGAAGUCUCGCGAACGAUAUGGAGCUCGCUUUUCUUGACACUGAGUUCUUCUACGAUGCUGAUGUAUGCAUUGAGCUUGCAGACGGGGUUGAACUGCCGGCGCAUAGCGUUCUACUAUGUGCCCGAUGUCCUUUUUUCGAUGGCAUGUUCAACGGUCGAGCUGGAGGGAUGUGGAUGGCUUCACGACGCAACAUAGCAGCGGAAGACUCCGAGGUGGUGAGGGUCGAUCUCAAACACAUGGACGAAAGGGUUUUCAGCAUGGUUCUGCGCCAUUUGUACGCUGAUGCUGGCGAAGAGUUGUUUGACGACAUCGUCGCGAAGAGCUUGGAUGAGUUCAUUGAUAUGGUCAUCGAAGUUCUCUCUGCCGCCAAUGAACUCAUGGUGGGUCGUCUUGCGCAAAUCUGUCAACAGACGCUGGGCAAAUAUGUCAACGUCAGAAAUGUCUGCUCUUUGCUGAACACUGUUGCGGAAUGCUCAGUCGACGAUUUCAAACAUGCUGCCCUUGAGUACAUUUGUCUAAACCUCGAAACCAUGCUGGAGAUGAAGCUGCUGGACGAGCUAGACGAAGACCUCCUUGCUGAACUCGAUGCUGUGGUGCAAGCAAACCAACUGGCUUUCUUGCCUUUUGCUCGCAGCGAACAGGCCGAGGCUGAACUGCUAGAGAACCAUCCGGAUCUCUUUGCGAAAAUCGAAACCUCUAGGCAGCGCCGGAUUGACUCUAUGGGGCUGAGGUCAAGACUGGCAGAGGAUGAAGCACGUCAUGCUUCCGCCGCCAAAUUUCGGGUUGGCAGCAUAGACCGGCAGAUAUCGUCUUCUCUACCCAAGUCACCAUCGCUGACUCCGAAUGGCGAGUCGCCUGCCAGUACGCCGAGUCCGAGCCCGGCAAUUGCACCAAAUGAUGCGAUGGAUGACCUUCCCUUCGAGAUGGACGAUGACUCGCCACGCUUACUGCCAGGACCAGCAAACGAAAGAUCACAGCCGAUUACAAAGUCGACACCAAUCCGAGAACAUGUUGGGCCAAUGAGCAAACCCAAACCCAUUACUGAGUUGUCCAAUACUCCUAGAGCUCCUCGGGCCGGCUUUUUAAGCUCAUCCCAGCCGCACUCUGAGUAUGUGGUCUCUUCGGCAAGCCCUCCGGUGGCCAUUGCAGGGUUCGAAACACCGAGGACAGCAUGGCAUCUGCCGGUGCACAGUCCUCCAAAGGACGGUCUAAAAGACAUCAUGGAACAGACGUCGGCUUCGCGCGUGUCCAGUCUGACGCAGGCCAUGCGUACAGUUUCAGCGCCUUCGAAGGGCGGUGCAAAAAUGUCUCAGAAGGAACGCAAACGGCAACAGCAGUUGAUGAAGGAUCAAGAAACCAAGGCAUCACUUUCCCCUAUGGUGUCGAAAGAACAGAGUACAAAGGCGCAGUCGCCGUGGCAGACGGUCGCGAAACCGUCCAUGUCUGCUGCUUCACCGAUCUUAGCGAAGCCAAAUGCUGCUGCAGACACGACAACACAGACGCCUCCGAGGCCAGCGAUGACCAUGCGACAGACAGUAGCAGGUGCCGCUUCGACUGCCAAGUCUUCUGGCAAAGACGCGAAUCGUGGGAGAUCUCCAUCCGAGCUUGCGCCACCUUCCAAACCAGCAGCGCCGCAAAUUCAAUCCAUCCGUCACACCCCAUUGCCUUCGAGAACUGGGUCAGGUGUUGACGCGCGCACUUCCAUGGCCGAAAUUCUGGCGCAGCAGCAGUUUGAGAAGACGGCGGUCAAGGAAGCGGUAGCGAAGAGAUCACUACAAGAAAUUCAGCAAGAACAAGAAUUCCAACAGUGGUGGGACAACGAGAGCCGGCGUGUGCAAGAAGAAGAAGAAGCACAUUCCAGUACAGCGGCUUCUUCCGGUCGUGGCAAAGGUGGUCGUGGGCGAGGCGGACACCGUCGCGGCAGUGGUAGGGGCAAAUCAACGUCUGGAGCAGAAUCGGGUGGACGAGAGAAAGCGAUGACGGCGUCUCCGACGGUCGGGGAGGAUUUUGGCCGCGGACGCGGUAGCCAAAGGGGCAGUGGCAGGGGUCGCAGUCACGGAAACACGCAGCAACGAGGGGCAAGGCAUCAAUGAUAGACUCACAGCAAGGUGGUAAUUCAGCUAGAGCUUUUGUACAAAUCCAUAGACGCAUGUUAUACAUAGUAACGAGUCGAUUGCACUGCAAGUGCAUUGAACAGUCA